AAUGCCUUGUGUCCCAUUCCACAGGAUUGCUUCUGGACGGGAAUCAGCUGGCGACCAUAGAACCCGGUGCUUUUAAGGGUCUCAUCAGCUUGUUACUUCUCUCAUUGUCAAGCAACCCAGGAUUGUCUCUAACCAAAGUUGACCCUUCCAUUUGUAACGACAUUCACAAUCUGACCACAUUGAUUGCUAAAGAUAACAACCUAGGAAUUAUACCCUCCGAUUUCUUUGCACAAAACAAGAAUUUAAGAGAGGUAUACUUAAAAAAUGCCGGGGUGACAAAACUGCAACCUUCCUCAUUUUCCAACCUGAAGAAUCUUAUGAUCAUGGAUUUAAGCAAGAAUCAAAUUGACAAUAUUGGCGCCCACGUAUUUACUGGAAGCUCUAAUAUCCAAAGACUAAACCUGAGUAACAGUCAGGUAAAAUACAUUGAGCCCCGCGCAUUCGAAACACAGACAGAGAUGCUUUUCCUUAUGCUAGACCAUAAUAUGCUAACAUCUGUUCGCAGUGCUUUUCUCGGGCUUACAAAUCUGCUGACACUCACCCUUAACGACAAUGCGAUCGUUUCCCUCGAUGAGGAUGACUUUAAGGACCUAGCUAUGUUAAAUUCACUCGAUUUAAGCAACAAUGAACUUGAAGACACGGGCGGUGCAUUGGUGAAUCUUCGAUCUUUGGGAACCCUGAACUUAAACAACAAUCGUCUGACCAAGCUGUCGUUUGACGGUAUGCCUCUACUGACAGAAAUCUCUGUGAGUAGCAACCGACUACAGUCCAUCCCUGAAGGACUGGACGUGAUCAAACAUGCCAGGAUUCUGGAUAUAUCCAAUAACCCCAUACAGAGCCUACCCAAUGGGCAAUUCGCAUCUCUGAGCUCCCUUCUGAAGCUGGACAUUUCGAACGUGUCCGCAAUCCAAGAUGGCGGACUUGCACCUGACGCGCUGUCCGGGUUACACAGUUUGGUGGAACUCAGGGUAGAAAACAACGAGCUUAGCAAAGUACCCUCUCAGGCACUAUCUGCAGUAAAACAGAUUCAAAUUCUCAGCCUUAACCAUAACAACAUAGCGACUCUUGAAGAAAACGACUUUAUUUCAGUGUCGAACGUGUCUAAUCUUCAACUUGCCGGUAACAUGUUAGUCAAAGUGCCUGAGAAAGCUCUUCGUCCCUUCACAAACUUGACCCAACUUGACCUCUCAGGUAAUCCAGUGGUACACGUCUCUGAUUGGUCGUUUGGAAACUCCACAACGCUUGCCAGCUUACGCUUAAGUAACGCAAAGUUGUCAGUCAUUGACCCGGCUGCGUUCCACGGUCUAAAAGGCGUGCAUUCGAUCGACGUGACCAACAACAAUCUAACAUGGCUGCCGGGGGAUCUCUUAAAAUAUGACCGCGCCUUUCCGUUCUACCUCUACGCGGACCAGGGCAAUCCUUGGUACUGUGACUGUCAGAUGAAACCAUUUUCACAGUCGGUCAACGUUCCCGGCCAGUCGGUUAUCACCAAUAUUCACUGCUCUGGCCCAGAAAAGUACAAAGGUCAAAAUCUUGGAGACAUCCCUCUGGCGAACCUCACCUGUGACUGUGAGCAUCAAGCAGCGCCCUCUGUCGACACAUCGGGAAGCGACAACAAGACUGCCGUCGGGCAACCAGCCAAACUGAAGUGUGAUGUGCGCAGCUGCCCCACAGCCAGGCUCUUUUGGACGACUCCAAGGGGACGAACCCUCUCCCAUGACGUCGCGGAGUAUCCCGGAUAUGACGUAGACCAGGACGGAACUCUCGUCAUCAGGUCGGCUGUCGCUGAGGAUGCCGGGAACUACAGCUGUACAGCGGCCAACUAUUUGGGGAAAGAUGAACAGAUUCACAAGCUAGAGGUUAUGGCAGGCUCAGAGACCAUCUAGUGAUUAAGAAGGACACCUAUAAAUCUCUUUGGUCUCCCAAAUGUUAUCAAGGUCGGCAAAUAAAGCAAUGUUUAAUCUCCAAAAAGACUCUGUGGGGCAAGGGGAUGUCAGGGGACAGCCCACUAAUUCCAGCCCCUUUUGGAAUAUAUAGAAAGCAUCUGAGAACUG